AUGGAACAUCAACACCCUAUCAAGAUCCAAAAGCGUAAUCGGCCCUCGUUCGUGUGCCAGGAGUGCCGCCGUAGAAAGAUUAAAUGUGACAAGAAGCGGCCACGCUGUAGCCGUUGUGUCGACACUGGCCUUCCGUGCACUUACCUCGCGUCGGGCUCGCGUUCAGCAGCAGACUGGCAUAUAUCAGGCGACGAGACUAGCAUAUGGACAGGCGAAAGUGUAACAACUACAGAAAGCAGAACUCCUGGUGAAAGCGGAGCGGCGACAUCCGAAGCGCAUUCAGAAGCACUUGGAGAUGAGCAAUUAGCACUUCCCCAAGCUUCCACCAGAUGCCGAUGCAGCUGUGGAAGCUGUUGUGGCUACGGCACCACUUUUGCUUAUGCCGACGGCAGUGGAAGACGUGCUCCUACUAGCGCCUCAGCCCAUGAGAUUUACGUCAAUUUUGGAAAUCCAGAAGAUACCAUGGUGGCACAUGAACAAAUGAGAUAUUUACACAAGCCAUUCUCGGCCCUUGCCAUGAUGCAGCGCGACCACUUCCUUCGUGCGUUCGCUGGUUCUGUAACCGGUGUAAUCCUCACUGGCAUGCACUCGGCCCCAGCAAACGGCAAUCCAGAGUCAUUCACUUACGAUGGCAAACUGAAUUCACGUCAAGAUUCGAAUAACGAAGGCAGAGGUACGCAAGAGAUACCGGUUAAUGUAUUUAUGGAGGAGAUAAAAAAGACGAACAUGCUAAUGAACAGGCGACGCGCCGGCAAUGAUCUUAUAAAGCUUGUGUUUUUUCAAAAUCCAUGGAGCUUCGAUGACAAUGUCGGGUCCACGUCUGCGUAUCCAGCCGAGCUUGUUUCACUUGUAACCAAUAUUCAAGAUAUAUUACCAGAUGUUGCCGCGCUUAGAUUUUUGCUUGAUUGCUUCUAUGAGGCCGUUUACCCUCUACAUCCAUUUCUUGAUGUUCCCUCUUUUGAAAAGGUCUUGAGUGAGGUACUAAAGGCACGUAGUGACGGUUCCCAAAGAUACAACAUUAUGUUGGGCACCAGUGCUCUCCACAACAAGCUCGAAAAUCUGGCUAUUCUUCUCGUCGUCCUCAAAAUAUCGCAAGCAGCACUUAACAUGCAACAAGAUCCACUAAAAUCGGCAACCGCCAAAAAACUCGACAUAUUUGGGCACAAUAAUAUUAAAGAUGAUGUUAUAAUUCUGGCUCAAAAAUGUCUCAAUGCCUUGAACUUCCUGAGACUUCCUAAUGAAAACACAUUCUGCUGCCUUCUAUUUUUGUGGAUCUACCAAUCUUAUGAUCUGGAUGAUGUCAAUUUCAGUUUACCACCGCACGUAGCCUUGGUGCUGGGCACUUUAUCUCAUCUUUCUGUUAUCUUGGGUCUUCAUAAUGAUCCCUCUAUGUACCCUAGGCUUGUUGAGUCUUCACAGUUUCAUUCAUCCUUUUUGAAUUACCGACGCAAAUUAUGGAUGGGUGUAGUAUCUGUGAGAACAAAUGAACUGCUUCUGAAUGGUAAUAGUCUAGAGUCUACUCAUGCACUCAUGUCCAGCUUCUUGAAGCGAGGCAGAGAGGACAAAGAAAGUUACAUGUCUUCUGUGAUUCAAGACGAAGGGCAAGAAAACAGUUUUGAUACGCGCCUUCACGAGUUUGCCCAUAAGGAAUAUGAGCUUCGAAGGAUAUGGACAAAACUAAACUCAGCGUGUAACUCCCUAGACAAGCCUAUUUUGUUGUCAGAGAUCGAAAUUAUUAUUUCUAGAGCUGAAAUCACCCUUUCUCAACUUUUCCCGCUCACUGAUAUCACAGAAAUUUCAAGUUUUUCAUGCCCAGAAAAAGGUACUGUUAAAUGCGCUGAGUCGAAGGCAGAAAUUGACUAUAAUGCCAUUCGUGCUUGCAAAACUUAUGCAAAUAACCUUCGCGGACGGAUUAUCAUUUUGAAUAUAAGUAUGGCACUUACAGUCCAUUUUGAGAAUUUGUGCCGUAACGAACCCGAUAGGUACCUUGAAUACUAUCGGAAAUAUUUGAAACUCACAUUUCGUCGCUCUCUUGAAAUAGUUAAACUACUGAAAAAGCUUCCGGACAAUAUGGAGAAAAAUUCCCUAUUUUCUCGAUACAAAUAUGCACUUACUCGAAUAACGCUAGACUCAGUGCUGCGGACUUUAAUACCUAUGUGCAGUAUACUGUUCAAGCUUUCGUUUGCGGAACGCCAGCUUAAGAUGUCUGUUAAGUCCGAAAGAGUUUUAUAUGAAAAAGACGACCACUCCGAUAGCUCUCACAGUCUACAAAUGAUUGUUAAUGUCAAAGAAAGCUUGGCGCAGGCUCUCAGAUCUCUGAUUUCUCUCCAAUCUACGAAUUGGGGCCUAGGAUUCCUCUCAUGCUAUCGUUUGGUCUGCAUGGCUAAAUAUGUGCUUCACCUUGUUGACAUAGAUAUGUUGCCUGAAGUUACAAACAGAUUUUGGGAAUACGAAAAGAAUUAUAAGCAAGUGCCCGAGUCUAUCGCAAAUCGAAUCUUUUUAAAGUGGGGUCUUAAAUUCAAAGAGUCUAAAGCUAUAAAAGACGACUUGUUCAAUCCCAACGUUCUUGGAGCUAUGGAUUCAGAUCUGUUAGAAAGCUUCAAAACCAUUCUUGAAAGUCUUGAGCUUUGGAAACUCACUGAAAACACACCUGAAGUCAAUGAUGUAUCAUCCUUAAGCGACCGCAACGAACAAUUAUCCGAGGAGGUGGCCGAAGAUGCUCAAGGAUUUAGCCUUGACAUUCUUGACUACUUCAAAGUUUUUGAGGAUGAAUACUCUGGAGAAUCUUUCCCUAGUAUUUUUUGA